GCACAGCGACGUGCCCCUUUCUCAGCAAGGGCUUAAAAUGAACUCACUGCUUUCUUAUGACAGCGAAGAAGAGGAAAAGCGGCCUUGUAAGGCCCUGGCAAGCGACGGAUCUAGCAAAGAUGUGAGUUGCGUGAUCGGUACCAUCCUGUCACGGAGAAUAGCGCAUGGGAGAAUAGAGAUGACUGGAUGACUUUGCCCCUCCUUGAUGAAUCUUCCUUCGGACCGCAUGCUGAUGCCCAAGGUGUUUCCCGCACCUGCCGGAACAGGUCUCGGACCAGGCGCCUCGUCAAGCUCGAUGACUCCGCUCUCCAAGCAAGGCUCGCCGUUUGCACCCAAUAAGCUAGGCGUCAAGAAAAACAGCUCCGGGGCAAGCAGGCUCUGCAUUACUAGCAGCGCAGGCGACACCGGUCCUUCCUCGCUUCGGAUACAUUCAAGCCCGUCGCGCAGCCCUUCCAUCCCAGCUGAUGCCUCCUCUUCUUCAUUGGACGCAAAGGGCAAGGGGAAGCGGGUGCUGUGUGGAGAAGACGAGGAUGGAGUGGAAGGAGAGGAGCGGCUGGGGCCGCCUCCGCCCGAAGGCCAAUUGCAAGCAGGUCGUUCCUCAGUGGAUGAGGACAGGAUAUUCAUUGAGGGGAUCAUGCCGUCGUGCAGGAGCGAUGGAGAUGCAUACUGGGGUCUUCCACCCGUGCCCGACACUCCACCAGAUCCAGGUUUGCAGGCCAAGCUAGCCGAGUUCCAUCGCCUGAAAACCCAAGGCACGCAUUUCAACACGUCCCUCGCCAGCAACCGCGCAUUUCGCAACCCGCACAUCUACGCGAAGCUCGUUUCAUUUGUCCAGCUCGACGAGUGCGGGAGCAACUUUGCUUCGAUGACUUCCAAACACGCGUGGGAUCCGAAGAGCGCCGAUGUAUUCCGGGAGGGCAACGCCGAGUGGCUCGCCAAUCUCCAGCGGCAGGAGUUGGAGGAGCGGCAGAAGACGCAAGCGCAGGGGCUGCGAUCAAACAUCGAAUUCACCUCCGCGUCCGCGCCUGCGUCUGCGAAUCCAGGCGGCAGCGCUGGCGCCAGCAGGCCUGCCUGGGAAAGAGACCGGCGGCCUGAAGGCCGUAUCAGCAGUACGGCUGUGACGAAGAGGCACCGCCAUCAUCACUAGGGCGAUGCGCGCAUCACAUUCCUGCGUUCGGUCAGGUUCAAUGUGAGGCAGGCGCUGAACGUUUUUGAGAGGGCGCAUCGGCGGGCUGCGCGGCAAAUGGCCCUCUUCCAAAAGUCUAGCGGCAGGAAAUGACGCAGGGACGGCGUGCGACUCCCACUCGUAGAUGUACAUACACAUUUCCCAGCGGCUCGUAGGAGCAUGUAUGACUUUCGGUGCAAUGAACAAAAAAACC